AGUUAGGGUAAAAGUUGUUAUCGUGGCGUACAGAACAGGAGUAUAAAGUAGCCGUCCAAUCCCUUGGUGGUGGACAUAUGCCCAGCAAAUUGCCACGGACUAGUAUCACUACUCACGAUCCAUCACAAAUAGCUUCCCCAAAACCAAAGACAAUAUGAAGUUCAUUGUCGUUCUCGCCGCCCUCGCUGCUACCACCUCUGCUUACCGGUGCAAGUUUGACCGCUUCUCUGGCAGCUCGGGCGGUACCUUCUACUGCGGCGCGUUCGAGGAGAACCACAAGAAGGGUGACCAGACUGAGAAAGAUGGGUGUUCAAAGGUUCACACCAAUUCUUGCUACAAGCGACACCACGGCACCACCGGCGACGCCAACUGCAGGCUUGUCAUCUACUAUGGUAAUGACAGGUGUGUAAGCGACAGGCAGUUGACAUUGAACUGCGCCGAUAACUUGGCGAGUGCUCAAAUCUAUGAGAACCACAGCUACAAGGUCUACUGUGACUAAGCAGAUAAGUCUUUAGAAGGCGUGGAAUUUCACUGAUCUUCACCGUAUUCGGACUUGAUAGUUAUGGUGGAGUAA